AUGACCGAAAAGUUGGCCCAAAUAAGAGAACUUAUGAGUUCUGAAGGCCUUGACGCUUAUUUUCUCCCGAAUAACGAUUUUCAUAAUGUAAUGCAUAACCAGAACGAAAGCUUAUGUGACCAUGAUAAGCGAAUGGCAUUUAUAUCUGGAUUCCAAGGAUCAAAUGGGCAAAUUUUAAUUACAAAAGAAUAUGCUUUACUUUGGACUGAUGGGAGGUUCUGAAAAACUGUAAAACUUAUUUAGGCUGAAGAGGAACUUGAUCCUGGAUGGGAGAUUAUGAAGAUGGCCAUAGGCUACCCAACUUAUUGUGAUUGAAUUAUACACCAUUUACCAUCUGGAAGUGUGGUCGGCUACGAUCCUGCUUUAAUAUGUGCCGAAAGUGUACUAGCAAGAACGCAGUAUUUUGAGGAUAAAGGAUUCACUUUUAAACCGCUUACUAAAAAUCUCGUCAAUUCUAUUUGGACAGACAGGCCAAAAAUGCCAGAUGAGAAGCUUUUUAUUCACGAACUCAGGUAUGCAGGAAUAACAGCCGAACAGAAGAUAUUUAUGGUCCUAAACCAACUGCAUAAACUUGGUUCCAAUUAUCUCUUCACUCCAGUAUUAGAUGAAAUAGCCUGGACGCUCAAUUUGAGAGGGAAAGAUAUCCAAUACAAUCCUUUAUUUUUCUCAUUUUUGCUACUUCAUGCCACCUAUCCUAGCUAUCAAGCGAUCUUAAUGCUAGCAAAAUUGCCCUUGUUCGAGUCCAGAUUCUUGCGGUCUUAGCUUGGAUUGACAGCUCUGAACAAAAACUGGCCUAACCUUAAACUGUACAUGCCCAAAGUCCCUUCUGACCUCCCUACCAACACCAGCCUCAGUGUGGAGUACUUCUCUUGACGCCAAAACCCUCAAGAAGGUGCAAAUUUCUCUCUCUGAGUUCGGUUGUAGGUGGUCCUACCCCUAGCUACCUUUUAAAUGGUUAAGCGAUCUUAUUUGUUGACCAGGAAAAGGUUAAUGGGAUUCAAGAAUACUUAGAACAUAACCAUAUAGAGGUCCAACCUUAUGAGUCGGCUUGGGAUUAUCUGAAUAAAAUUGAAGAAAGCGUGAUAAUUGAUAAAAAUGAAUUAAAUUACAGUUUUUAUAAGAAUAUCAAGACUCCAGUUCACUAUUCUGGGCUUAUUGCAAAAAUCAAAGUGAUCAAAAAUCCAAGAGAAAUGCAAGGAUUUAGAGAAAGUCAUAUAAGAGACGGAGUUGCCAUAUCUAAGUAUAUAUCAUGGAUGAAAAGCCAGCUGGAUGCUGGAGCUGAUCUAACGGAAUGGUCUUCUGUUGAAAAAUUAGACGAGUUUAGAGCUUCAGAAGAGCUUAAUUCUGGACUUUCUUUUGAAAAUAUAUCUUCGGUAGGGCCAAACUCAGCUAUAAUCCAUUACGCUCCUACCCAAGAAACCGCAGCAAAAAUAACCAAAGAUCAAAUUUAUCUUCUUGACUCUGGAGGCCAAUAUUUAGAUGGCACUAUUGAUACUACACGAACAUGGCAUUUUGGCGAGCCUACAGACUGGGAAAAAGAAUGCUAUACAAGAGUUCUUCUAGGAAACUUAGAUGUCGAGCGACUUAUUUGGCCUGAAUACAGCAGAAUAAGUGGCAAUGAAGUCGACAUGAUGGCAAGGAAAUGGCUGUGGGAAGUAGGCCUGGAUUAUCCUCAUGCAACUGGGCAUGGUGUUGGGUAUUUCUUAAAUGUCCAUGAAGGCCCACAUCGAAUGUGUAAAGGUAGCACUGAGCCGUUUGAAGUAGGAAUGAAUAUAACAAAUGAGCCAGGAUAUUAUGAAGAAGGACAUUUCGGAGUAAGGGUCGAAAAUAUUCUUUUAGUGGUCAUGCAUCCGUCUUUUCCAGGAUUUUUAGGCUUUGAAAAUGUAACUAUGGUCCCUUAUGAUAAAAAUUUGUUGGAUUUCAAAUUGUUGUCACAUAGAGACAUUGCGUAUAUUGAUGCGUAUCAUAAUAAAAUUUGGAGAAAUUUGAGUCCGAUUUUGGAAAAUAGAGGAGAAAGCAUAGCUUUAGAAUGGUUGAGAGAAACAACGUCUCCAAUAAAUCGUAGAGAUUAA